AUGGCGUCGUUCAGCGAGGCCGCGGGCGGGGCGAUGGAUAAGAUUUCGCGCUGGGGAGACGUCCUGGCGUCGCGGACGGUGGAUUUAGACGUGGUUGAGAUCGUCGAGGAGGACGUCGUGGAGGAGACGAAGCGUGGUGGUUUUGGUUUACCCGCGUUGCCGAGCUUUGGGACGAAGCGAGAGGUGGAGGAGGAGGUUGACGAGGAGGCGCCGCGGGCGAAGGGGUUGGCGGAUUUUUUCGGGAGCGCAAAGGAAAAGGCUGUCCGAGAGCGGGCGGAACCGGUGGCGAAGAAGUCUGGUUUCACGUUUAAGAGCGAGAAGAAGGUGACGCCCGCGAACGCGGAGAAGGCUCCGGCGAAGAAGUCGUCAUUUUCGUUCGGUAAGAAGGCGGCGGCGGAGGAACCCGUCGAGGAAGCGACGGCGAAACCGGCCAACGGGUUCGCGGCGAUUUUGCAAAAGAGCUCGCGACGAAUCGAUGACACGCGCGCGAUUUUGGAAAAGGAUAUGGAGGAAGGCGUCGCGGCGCAGCGACGGCUGCGCGCUUCUCGUGAGGCUGGCGGUGCCGCCGUCGCCGCGUUCACCGGCGGCCAAGUCGGCGAGGGUACGUGGACGUUCACGCAAAUCAUCGACGAGGAGGACGGAAGCAAGGGCAAGAAGCUGCCACCGUUGAAGAUCAAGCGCGGUGAGACGAAGAUCAUCGGCCGGUCCAAGGGUCCGGGCGUAGAUCUCGUCGUUCCGCUCAACUGCGUCAGCUCGGUGCACGCCGAGCUCAUCACCGAAGGCAACAAGCUCUACAUUCAAGACCUCGGCUCGACGAACGGUACGUACGUCGAGGGGUUCGAGGUUCGUAAGGAUAAAAAGUUUCGCAUCUUCAACGGUGCCGAGGUCCGAUUCGGCGCCGAGAACUUCAACGGCGAGCAGUACGCCAAGUACAAGGCCACCUUGGCGGGCGCCAAGGAGUUGGAGAAGGACAGCGAGUACGGUCAGUUGAACUACUUCAUGGAGUACCUCGGCGGUCCGCGCACGGUUGUGAACUUUUUCUUCAUCAACGCCAUUUUCCAAGCGACGUUUUUCAUCCUGAUCAAGCUCAACGCUGACUAA